AUGGAAUCUUCAGGAUACACUCGGUGGGAGACCUCUGAGGAAUUUGAGAUGGCUGACAGCAAGCACCAAUGGCGACCCUGGGAAGUUGGGUGGUGGGCAAAGCAGCUUCCUGGAGGCCGUCCUGCCCUUCCCUUUUACCUGCUAUUUUCUGUGGCCUCUUUUCUGUGGAUAAUUCUUCUUAGUAUGCUGUUGGCUAAGGUCAUGGAUUUAUCAAAGGAUAUGGAGCAUCUAAAUGAACAACUGGAGGGAAUACAAGCCAAUGAGUCUAUGAAGACAGGGAGACUGGCAGCUCUGCAAGUAGCCUUGAGCACUUCAGAGAACAAGCAUCAGACUCUAAAAAUAAAGGUUGAAACAAUGGCAGAAGAGCUGAAGAAGCUGCAAGACAGGCAAACCAGCUUAAGAACUAACUUGUCUCAAGAACUAUCUGAGGCUAAGAAAGACCGAGAUGAUAUUCGGAGCGAGAUGUUUCGUGGACUUGAGGCUGUGAGGAAUGGAAAUGACUCCUCCUGUCAACCCUGCCCAAGUCCCUGGAGGGACUUCCAGGGUUCCUGUUACUUCUUCUCUGAGAAUAAACUUCCUUGGUCCAAGGCCAGGGAUGAUUGUGUCCAGAAACAAGCUCACCUGGUGAUCAUCAAUAACCGUGAUGAGCAGAACUUCCUGAACCCUACUGAGAUGCUGGGAUAUUGGAUUGGCCUCAGAAAGACCAAAGAAGGAGUACAUAAGUGGGUCGAUGGCACAGGUCUUAGUUACACCAACUGGAACCCUGGGGAACCCAAUGACACCAUGGGAGAGGAAGACUGUGUCAUGAUGUUGCAUCAUGGCAGAUGGAAUGACUUUACAUGUGAGAAAUCAUCUGACAACUGGAUCUGUGAGAAGAGGCAGAUCUGUUGA